AUGUUCUCUUUUUCCUGGAAAACGUUUUUGAGUAUUUUGAUAUUUGUCUUGAUUGAAGGGGGCCAUCAAACUUUAACAGCACAGACCUAUUUGCCUUCAGAGAAGAUCCAGGAAUCCACGGUUUCAGUUUCACCAUAUAGAAUGAGUGUACAGUCUUCAAUCCCUCUAUCUUCAGAAGAAAAACCUCUUGACUACAGAAAAAACAAAUGGCAGCGAUUGUUCCGCCAGAAGCGAACCACUUUAUUUCCUAAUGGGGUUAAAAUUUGCCCAGAUGAAACUGUUGCACAAACUAUGGCAAACCACUUGAAAUAUUUCAAAGUCCGAAUGUGUCAGGAAGCUGUCUGGGAAGUCUUUAAGACCUUUUGGGAUCGACUUCCACGUCGUGAGGAAUAUCAGCACUGGAUGAAACUCUGUGAGGAUGGAACUAUAAGUGUAUUUGAAAUGGGCACAAAUUUUAGUCAGUCUGAAGAACAUCAGAGCCUAAUUACAAAGAAACUGCUUUACAGAAAAGAAACAGUAAACAGCUCCUGCACUGAAUGGACCUGUAGUACUGAAUCAUCAACUCCUGUUACGUCUUAUGAUUCUUCAACAUUAAGAGACACUGCAGCCAAUGCAUCAUCUCCCAGUGUCGUUUCCUUUCAAGAUUUCUCAGACAGCGACUCAGAAAGACCGGAUGACAGUGUAAGUGAUCUCAUGUUUAUCAACAAUGAGAUAGAAACUCUGACCGAAAAACCUCAAAAGCUGGCAACUGAACAGGUUGCUGAAUUCAUUAUGCACCUCUCAGGGAAACAGUACAAUGAAGAGUUACAGGAUCUCUCCAGCCUGCAUUACCAGGAGCUCACCCGGCAAUUUAUUUCAGAGGUUGAAAAAGCAUUUGAUGGACUACCUGGCUACAAGGACAUCCGUGUGUUGGAAUUUAGGUCACCUCAAGAAAAUGUCAGUGGCGUCGAUGUUCGCUAUGCUGUCACAUUUGAUAGUGAAGCUAUCAGCAACAUCACCUGGGAAAUGAUUAACCUUCAUUCAAACAAAGUAGAAAACCAUGGCCUUGUGGAACGAGAGAAUAAGCCCACUGCAGUUUAUACAAUUAAUAACUUCAGAAAUUACAUUGCUGAAAGUCUCAAUAGGAAUUUUGUAAUGGGAAAUUCUUCCCUGAAGCCAGACCUUGACUCCCUUCAGGUUAUCAAUGUGAAAGAUGCUUUCUUUCCCCAAAUUGAAGACCCACUUUGGAAUGUUGGAAGCCCAAGCCUUCUGGUGACUCAGCCCUUGAUCCUUGAUAAUACCCUUCAAGCUGAAUGGCCCUCAGCAGAUGAAUCAACUGCCAGGAGUAGCUCACCACUUGAUUUCACCAAACCAGGUCACAUCUUUGGGGCUCUUUCAUCCACUGGCAGUGAGCUCUGGCCAAAAUCAGAAAGCCCUCCUCCAGAUUUAGUGUCUCCAUCAAAAUUACCCCUUCCCUGGAAGGUGGGCUCUACUUCUCCCCCAGAGGUUUUAGAGGGUAGCAGCAGCCUCACUCUUCAUUCUGUCACCCCAGCAGUGCCUCAGACUGGCUUACCUCUGGCUCCUGAGAAAAGGACUUCUGGACCUGUUUUAUUAGGCGAAGGACUAACAAAUGUGGAAGAGCCAGGAGAUUUUUUCCCUUUUGAUCUAUUGACUUCAAAUCCACCCUCUCAUCUUGUGCCAAUGCCAUCUGUAGAUGACUCUGAGUUGAUUUUGACUUCUCUAUCAACUUUGGCCUCUCCAUCCAUGUUGGGUUCUCUUGACAUAGAAAAUGCUACACCUUUUGGCUUGGAUCAUUUGGCUUCCCCAAAUAAGGACCAAUUAGAAGUGAACAUUUUUCAGCCAGAAACAUAUCCUGAAAGUAGACCCAUAUUUGAAAGUCAGUCAGGUUCAGGAUCUGGGCAAGAGCUACUCCCUUGGCCAUGGAGUAAGCCUUCAUUGCAUCAUGGCACUGGACCUCCAUCUGAAUCCUGGUUCGAAAAUGAGGAAUCUACAAUAGCUUCCGUUUCUAUUAAUGAUAGACUAGAAAAAAUAGAAUCCUCCCAAGAAGAGAAGCCAAAGGAAAUUUUAGAGUCAUCCAACACAGAACUGUCUGAUAUAGACGUUUCAACAGGAAAGUCAAGCAUGGGACCUUUGUGGACUGGGCUAUCCAAGUUCAAUGUAACUCAGUCAACAACUUCUUCCCUAAGAAGACCAACCAAAGACACAUUGGCAAGUACAGCAAAAAAUAUUGACACUCUUCUUUCUAGAGUCUCAAUUUCUGAGUCCACCAAGUUGUCUCCAACCCUCAGCUCCACCAACCUGGAGGAUGAUGUGAUUAUGGAUGUACAGGACAUUUCAUUAGAACUGGACCAAGUAGGCACAGGAUACUACCAGCCUGCACUCAACCAAGAAGAAAAUAGCAAAAUGUCUACUAAUAUGCCCUCCACAGAGAGAGCUAAUGUUGUUUGGCCCACACAGAGAGCCUAUCCAAAUUACUCCCAGACAACAGGCCCUCUGGUGGUCUUCUUUAGCCUUCGGGUGAUGAACAUGCUAUUUUCAGAGGACUUGUUUAACAAAAACUCUCCAGAAUAUAAAGCUCUGGAACAAAGAUUCUUGGAACUGCUAGUUCCUUAUCUUCAAUCAAAUCUCACUGGAUUCCAGAAUCUGGAAAUCUUGAACUUCAGAAAUGGCAGCAUUGUAGUGAACAGCCGAGUAAAGUUUGCCAAACCCGUUCCGCAUAACGUCAACAGUGCUGUGUAUACAAUUCUGGAAGAUUUCUGCAACACUGCCUACCAAACUAUGAACCUAGCCAUUGAUAAAUAUUCCCUGGAUGUAGAAUCAGGUGAUCAAGCUGACCCUUGUAAAUUCCAAGCCUGCAAUGAGUUUUCAGAAUGUGUGGUCAACCGCUGGAGCGGAGAAGCAGAAUGUAUAUGUUAUCCUGGUUACCAGAGUCUCCAAGAACUGCCCUGUCAGAGUGUCUGUGAGCUACAGCCACAUUUCUGCCUGAAUGAUGGAAAGUGUGACAUUAUCCCUGGGCAUGGGGCCAUUUGUAGAUGCCGUGUAGGGGAGAACUGGUGGUAUCGAGGGGAACACUGUGAAGAGUACAUGUCGGAGUCCCGAGUGAUAGGUAUUGCUGUUGCCUCGGUGAUUGGCUUUCUUCUUGUAGUCAUGGCUGUCCUCUUCUUCCUGGCUAAGACCCUGGUAGACCAGUAUGUGAAGAGAGGAAGAAAGGGUUCCCUCAGGAGGGGUGACAGCCCUUCUUCCCUGGAGAGCGCCGUGAGGUACAACCCCGUGUUUGAGAGUGAUGCCACUGGCUAUGACCAGGACGGGAGGAGCUACCCUCAGCUUACCUCCUACAGCCCCGCUACGGCAGAGGAGCCUGCCCGCCUCAGCCCGGAGGAAAUCGGGCACCUCUAUGAGCACAGUGAGCUGACCAGCGAGGAGAUUCAAGAGAGAAUCAGGAUGUUUGAACUUUAUGCCAAAGACCAACAGUUUGCAGAAUUUGUGAGACAACAUCAAAUGUAA